AUGUCAGACCCAGAACGAGUUCCGUAUGAGGAUGCCCUCACGGAGGGACAAGGUUUCAACACCUUUCUUCAGAGUGGCUGUAUGCAUGAUGCUGUAGAGAUCAAGGGGAAGCCUGAUUCAUCAAAGGGUUCAAAUGACGUCGAGAUCAUCUACAAUGCCCAGAAGAUCACCAGUUAUGAAAAGCUCGUUGAGGCGCUCGAAAUUGGUGCCAGCGUCGGCGUGUCAAAAAUGCAAACGACAGGAAAGGCUGAAUUUAAGUUCCUUGACCGGAGAGAGUUCGAGACGAGUUUCUUGACUUAUCUUGUGAAAGUCGACAUUCGGCAGCAACCGAGCGCCACGUCCCAAUACUCCUUCAAGUGGACGGCGCCAGCUAAUCCCAAUGAGACUUAUGGGAAUCGCUUCAUUAGUGGCUUCGUGAGAGGAGGAGCUCUGUUCGCCCGAGUGUCGAUUGUCACGGAGGAUUCAACCCACAAAAGGGACAUUGAGCAGUCGGCUACAGCAGCGUUCAGCAUGUACGGGGUCGAUGUCAACGUCACACAGUCAAUGAAGUCCAACCUUGAACAGAUCCAAAAACACUCCAAAGUACACAUAUAUCUCCAUUACGUUGGGGCGCCUCCCACAAAUCAAGCCCAAACCAGCGGAAAGGAGGACGACCUUCUUCAACUUAAGAGCACGGCCGACAGUUUCCUUGCCGAUGCGAAGAACCACCAGUGGAAGCGAUUCGCACUACUCGAGAAAUACACCAACAUUUCUGACUGGAAAGGCCAGUUCACACCUUUGAACUACGUGGGAGCAGCGGAUCGGAGUUGGUCGGUGUUCAUCGAUUUCACCAAGUACCGUGCGACUCAGAAGAUGAUCCAGGAUACCGACCAGGAUCAUUACAAGGGCGGAAAAGCGACGAUGGAGAAGCUCAACGAGCGCGCCAGUGAUGCGCUAGAAGGCUACAGAAACUGGAUCACAGGUGUCAGUAUAGAUCCAGAAAAGGCAAAGCAGAAGCCAGGGUAUGAUUCUCCAGAGAGGUUUCGUCAGGAGGUCUUGCUUGCCAUCCAGACAAAACGUUUCAUAGCCCAGAAGCUAAGCCUCGACAACGGCCGCCAGACGCACAUCAUCGACGACCAUCUGCACCCGCAAGCAACCAAGCUCUUCGAGUUGGAAGCCUACCAGUAUGGCGAUGUCAUAGGCACCAGCAAUGUUUUGUUUGGAAAGAAGGAUGAUGAUGGCAUAGACAAGUAUAUAUGCCUCAUGGGCCGGAACGUAACCCCGGGCUACAUCGAGCAGAGCAGGUUUUGGGUCUCCGAGAAAGCAAUUGAGGGGGUUUUCGAGCAGAAAGUGAGCGUCGUUGCCUUGCCGGGACUAGGGUGUAUCCAGCUCGAGCUGGAGGACUCGGGCAGUCAAGCGACAAAGCAUUUUGAUUUUUACGUUAAGAAGGUUUAG